AUGUUGGAGGGGAAAGUUCAAAGAGGUGCUGCUGAGUCUACUGUGGAAGUGCCCCCAAAGCAACUCAAGGGCUGCGCCAACUGUGAGCGUCGUCGAAUUCGCUGCGAUCGACGGCGACCCCAUUGCGCCAAGUGUGACAAGAAAGGACUUCCAUGUCCUGGCUUUGACCGCCGACUUCGAUGGGUGGAAGGGGUUGCCGCAAGGGGACACCUGCGGGGCCGAACCGUCCCAACGAGGCCGUCUUCUGAAGAUAAGGCCGCAUUUCGAGAAGAGGACUCGAAAGACAUCUUCACUGAAAGAUCCCAGCUAGACAAAAGUAAAGACUUCAUGAGUUCGGUUGUCGUUCUGAAUGCGCCAAUCGCUCAAGCAACUCGACCUUGCAAGUAUCCCGACUCCCUGACAAGCGUGUUCAUGGACUAUUAUAGACUGAACUUAGCCGGUCUGAUGGUAUGGAUGGACUCAGACGAAAACCAUUACCGAACACAGGUUGUUCCUCUAGCCGCGAAUCAACCAGCAGUCGGCUUCGCCAUCAUGGCGUUCGCGGCUCAACACGGCGCCAUGACGGUGCCUGAUGAGUCCGUUGCUGAGAAUGCUCGCGAUAGGUGCUUACGUCUAAUCCAAACCCGCGCCCAAGAUAUGACGGCACGGCUUAUUAAGGGUGAUGACUUGAACGACCAUGGCGACGUGGUUGAUGCAGAAUGGAUGCUGGCUUCGAUUCUCAUCAUGUGCAACUACGAGAAUGCCCGUCGCCGCCUCCAAAUCGCCGAUGAUCACAGACGUGCGGCAAGGACGAUUGUCAACCUUUUCAAAUGCCAGAGCUCAAUCAACAACCGAGAUCUGUUUGCGUUCUUGCGAAAUCAACUAGCUAUAGAUGAUGUACUGGCAGCUACGACAUCGUGUGACCUGCCCCUCAUACGCAACGCCGUCACACCAGCACCUGGCUCAGAGCAUCUCCUGUUUUCGAGGUAUCUGACUUUCUUGCACCGCAUCACGCUAGUUUCGGCAGAUGCUGUUGAUUCUCAUCCUUCAAUAUCGCACUUACGCAGCGGCCUCACGAUGCCUCUCAUCCAAUCCGAGUUUGAGCAGGCAAGAGGCGCCACGUUGAUGGCGGCCGGACGACUCGGACUGGCAGGAUCAAGCAUGUCUCUUGACUUCAUACGCUUAGUCGAGGUUUAUCAUAACGCGGGGCUACUUUACUCGUUAAGGUGCCUCGAUUACGCCACCGAGCACGCCUCGGAGCGCAUUGUGGCCGUUGCCAGUCUGUUCGACCAACUGACUGGAUUCAAGGACCUAGCUGCCUUCGUUCAGAAUCUAGCCUGGCCGACGUUCAUUGCCGGUACCGAAUGCCAUGGAGAUCGGCAUCGACAAGAAAUCAUUGCGGGUUUUCUCAUGAAAAUUCAUGAGGGCACGCGUUUCAGUUAUUACUUGGACGCGGUGAACUUUCUCAAGGAGUUUUGGGCCGGAGAGAAUAACGACUGGCGUCCUCUCGCUCGUAUGAGAGAAGCCAUAGGGCAGCGAGUCCUUGUGGUAUGA